CAACGAUAAUAAUAAUAUAGAAAAAUAAAAAUGCGUAUCUUCCCGUGAAGAAGCGCCAUAGGAGCCUACUAAAACUUGGUCAGAAUCACACAUAACUCACUUGUGGUCACUCUAUCCAAAUCUAACAAACACUUGUUGACUCGCUCUAUAAAAACUACACGCUCACGCUACCCACACUUCACUCAUUUACCUUCACAAUAAUGGGCUCAGAGAAAAAGAAGCUCCGCCAAGACGAACCAAAAACACCGCCCAAGCUCUCUCUACUAACAAUUUCUCGGGGGAGCAUGCUGCCGGAUUUGCCUACUCCGCCACCACGGACGGCGGUGUCUGUUCCGUUUGAGUGGGAGGAGGCGCCGGGGAGGCCUAGGCCCUGCCACAGCGGAUCCAGGCCCAAGGGUAAUGAUGACGUGGCUAGAACCUUGGAACUGCCUCCGAGGUUGGUUUUGUUGGAGGGCAAGGGUUCGUCGCCGACAACCGUGCUUGACGGACCUUAUGUUGGACGCGCCAUGUCUUUUACGACGUCGUGUAGGCCCUCGAAGGACACGUGGAAUUCCAAUUUCGCGUCUAACAGGUGGAGCGCGUUGAAGAAAAACGAGCCAGAGGAGGGUAGUUUUGGCUUUUCUAGUUCAACUGUGGAGGGAACUGGCAAGGUGAAGAUCACAAGGGUUAGAAGAAAAGGAAGCUUUUCGAGUCUUUCCCACCGAAGUUCACACGUGUGGGUAUGUAAGCUUCGUUUCUUUUCCAUUUCAUCGUGUUCUUUGAGAUGCGUUCUGCUAAUUAGGGAAAGUGAUGAUCUUAAGGGAAAUUUACUUUUAGAAGUGUAAAAAGAAGAUGAAAAUAUAUCUUUUUGGUGACUCUGUUUGGAAACAA